UGGAUCUUGCCCGGCUACUGGCCUCAUCGCGAUUGCCGUAGGAGGACGUCCAGUCUUCCUCAGCUAGCGAUAGCCAGUAUGCCCGAGCGUGGGGUCGACAAAAAGGACGCCGACCCCUUCCCCCAGCCAAAGGACUUUCGCGAUGUCUCACGCGCUAUAAUUCGCAGCGAGCAGGCAAAGAGGUGGACCAAAAAGUACAGGACCGAAGUGGCUGCCAGUUCUAGUAGUCUGCUUUCCACAUUCGCCGCCUACCCUCUUGAUUCCGUCAAAACCCGACUGCAAGCCUACAACUUCAACUCCUUCUCCGACUGCGUACGUCAUACAUACAAGACAGAGGGCUUCAAUGGUUUCUGGAGAGGUGUCUGGUCGCCUCUCGCCAGCAUUACACUUGUUCGAACCGUAUCCUUCUCUAUAUACCAGAAAUCCAAAUACGCCAUCGAUGAUUGGAUGUAUCAGGCCACUGGUAAAUCGCCGCUUGUCAUCGCCAAUACGAAAGAUGCCCUGCCUAACAUAUACACGAUGGCCUGCUUUGGCAUCUCCGGUGCUAUGGCAGGGGCCGCUAUUACCACAAUCGCUUGCCCUUUUGAGCUGAUCAAGCUGAGUGCUCAGAUCUCGGUGUUGAUGGCCGAUCGUAAUGAUGGUAGCGGUUCCAACGACGCUGUCCGUAAAAGCUACCAGAAUCUUGGCACUUACAGGACCGCGCAGAAUCUUGUGCGACAUCGAGGCUGGACCGGACUCUAUUCUGGGUUUCACUUGCACAUGUUGCGCGACACCAUCGGUACAGGCAUAUACUUCAUCACAUAUGAAAGUAUCAAACAACUGCUUGCAAAUGCACGGGGCAGCUCCCCAACAUCUCCUCUUGCUGUUGUGACUGCUGGGGGUAUGUGCGGUUUGGUAAGCUGGGCAUGUAUAUUUCCCAUCGAUACGGCCAAAAGCAUAUACCAACGUAACUGCCUCGUUGGUGGGAAAGACAAGCAGAGUCGACCCAAGAUCCAAUUCGGAAACCCUCGAAUGUACCGCGGUCUCACGGUAUCUAUGGGCCGUUCGUGUGCAGUGAAUGCUAUAUUCUUCACUGCAUUCGAAUUCACAAAGAAGCGCAUCAACCAUAUGGACGUCGAUGAAGAGCUUCUCCGUGAGCACGACCUGUGAGGUUUCCCUUCAUGUAUGAUGAUUUCUGACUUUGAGUCUUCCUGCUCGACCUGU